GUUUUAUGAACCUUUAAGUUGGCCAACCUUUAUUUACAAUCAAUUUCAGUUACUUGGUGCCGAAUUUUCCACAUAAAUAUUGAUAAAACAAUCAAAUAAUAUGGCAGCGGCGGCAGCAGCGAAAGUUCAAGAAGUACGCGAAAUAACGCGCAUCGAACGUAUUGGGGCCCAUUCCCACAUCCGUGGGUUAGGAUUAGACGAUGCCCUUGAAGCUAGACAUGUUUCGCAAGGAAUGGUGGGGCAAAUGUCCGCCCGGAGGGCCGUUGGAGUUGUUUUACAAAUGGUUCGUGAUGGUAAAAUCGCCGGGAGGGCUGUUUUAUUAGCCGGACAACCAGGAACUGGAAAAACGGCAAUCGCAACAGCUUUAGCUUCCGCUUUAGGCGUUGAUACCCCGUUUACAAGCAUGGCUGGGUCAGAAAUUUAUUCCUUAGAAAUGAGUAAAUGCGAAGCUUUAACACAAGCUAUUAGAAAAAGUAUUGGGGUUAGAAUUAAAGAGGAGAGUGAAAUAAUCGAAGGAGAAGUAAUCGAAGUCCAAAUUGAACGCCCCGCAACUGGAGAAGGCACAAAAGUGGGAAAAUUAAUUUUAAAAACCACUGAUAUGGAGACAGUUUAUGAUUUAGGCGGGAAAAUGAUUGAUAGCAUCUUAAAAGAAAAGGUCCAAUCAGGUGAUGUAAUCACCAUUGAUAAAGCAACUGGGAAAAUCACUCGAUUAGGGCGCUCUUUUACGAGAGCCCGCGAUUAUGACGCAACUGGCCAACAAACGCGAUUUGUUCAAUGUCCUGAGGGAGAGCUCCAAAAACGUAAAGAAGUGGUCCAUACAGUAACAUUACACGAAAUCGAUGUUAUCAACAGCAGAGCUCACGGAUUUUUAGCGUUAUUUUCCGGAGAUACGGGUGAAAUUAAAACGGAAGUGCGAGAACAAAUUAAUGGAAAAGUCGCGGAAUGGCGUGAAGAAGGAAAAGCGGAAAUAAUCCCCGGAGUUUUAUUUAUUGACGAAGUUCAUAUGUUAGAUAUGGAAUGUUUUUCAUUUCUAAAUCGUGCCUUAGAAAACGAAAUGUCCCCAAUUGUAAUCAUGGCGACAAACAGAGGGAUUACAAAAAUUCGAGGUACUAAUUAUAAAUCACCGCAUGGAAUUCCUUUGGAUUUAUUAGAUCGAUUAAUUAUCGUCCCAACUUCGCCAUACACCGAAAAAGAAUUAAAAGAAAUUUUGAGUAUUCGUUGCGAAGAAGAGGAUUGCCAAUUAUCUGAUGAGGCCUUGUUGAUUUUAACGAGAAUCGCAAUGGAAUCGUCUCUUCGAUAUGGAAUUCAAUUGAUUACAACGUCUAGUUUGAUUGCGAGGCGUCGAAAAGCCCCCGAAGUCCAAGUCGACGAUAUUAAACGAGCUUAUGAGUUAUUUUUGGAUGAGCAAAGAUCUGUGCAGUUCUUGAAAGAAUACCAACAAGAAUUUUUGUUUAAUGAUGAUGAAGAUUUAGAAAAAAUGGAUACUAAUUGAUGGAUGAAUUUGUUUUAAUCUUAGUAUUUUUUUUUUCUUUUUAUUUCACGAUUUAGUGUGUAAGGAUUGUUUUAUAAUACACAUUUCAUAAUUAAAUAAUGAUAAAUAAAAAUUUAAAGCAUUUGAA